AUGACCACGACCAAUCCGGUUCUACUCAGCGGUGAUUUGGAUGCAAUUCGCGAGUUUCAGCGAGCAGAGGAAAGCUACUACUCCCUCAGCGAUGAAGAGCUCGCUUUCUUCAAGUCGCAGACGGAUAUCCAGGAUGAAGGUAUGCUAAAGGCACAUAUUAUCCUGGUCCAAGCACUGGCAUUUGCGGUCUUCCCGUAUGCAUGCAUCCGUCGCUUCACGUUUCUCAAGCUCAAGAUCUCGCGCAUGCCCAAGUAUGAACAUCUGUUGAAGCUCGGGCGGGAACGCAAGGACGCGAUCUUCCUCGACAUCGGGUGCUGUUUCGGGAACGACGUGAGGAAAGCUGUGGCCGACGGUUUUCCCAUUGAGAAUGUGAUUGCAUCUGAUCUUGAGCAAGAAUUCUGGAACCUUGGUCACUCAUUAUUUAACUCUACGCAAGAAAAAUUCCCUGUGCCCUUCCUCCGCGGCGACGCCUUGGACGAAGCAUUCCUUCCUGUAUCACCCCCACUGCGAACCCCUGCAGAAACUCCUGCUCCAGCGCUCUCCUCCCUCACUUCUCUUGCACCCCUGCACGGACGCGUGUCCGCGAUCCACGCCUCCUCGUUCUUCCACCUCUUCGGCGAGUCUCAGCAGGCGCAGCUCGCACACUCACUCGGGGCUCUCCUCUCGCCCGUUCCCGGCUCCGUCAUCUUCGGCGCGCACGCGGGGAUGCCGACCCCAUGCGCACUGGAUGAGGAGAGCUCUCGAAAGAAACAGUAUUUCUGCCACUCUCCGCAGAGCUGGGUGGAGCUGUGGGAAGGAGUUUUUGGGGAGGGGAUGGUACAAGUGGACGCCCGAUUAGAUCCAGCGAGUGGGACGAAUAUCUUACCGACAGCGGAUAAUAGGCCUGGAAAAUACACGCUGGUCUGGUCCGUUAUGCGAGUAUGA